AUGAAUCCAAAAACUUGUGAGGAAAUAUCUGGUAAUGAAAUUAUGGAAUGCGAAGCAGAGCAUUACUUUAACAACUUGGACACAUCAAAAGCUUAUGGCCCUGACGGGAUACCACCACGUCUACUUAAAGAAUGCUCUAAGGAGAUAUCAUCAAGCCUCUGCAGUUUGUUCAACAAAUCAAUAGAAACAAGUGGCGUUCCAAGUGUGGAAGAAAGCAAACGUUAUAUCAAGACAGCAGAGAGUUGUUAUCGAGGGUACAGCAUCUUCAUAGUCUCCUGUUACAUAUGGUGUACCACAAGGUAGCAUUCUGGAACAAUUACUUUUCGUAAUUUUCAUAUAUAAUUAUUAUCUUCCCGACAGUGUGUCAUCGAGUACAAACUCCGCAUUGUAUGCAGAUAACUCAAAAUUAUACAGUGAAAUAAGAUCAGUAGACAACUGCCAGUCCUAACAAGAAGACUUGACCAUGCUGGAAAAAUGGAGUACUAAAUCGAGGAUGAAAUUCAACACUCCUGUGUUGUGUGCAAGGUGUUGACGGUUACAAGAAAACGGAAUCCUGAUGAAAAAACGUGGAGAACUUUCUUAUGUGGAACGGUUAAAAAAAACUUAAUCUAAUCCCGCUUGUGUAUGAUAGAGAACAGAAAGAUCUGAUCUUUUAUUAUAAAUGCAAGAACAAUAUGAUAGACCUAGACGUGGAACAAUAUGUUGAAACUACGACAAGCAUAGCCUGCCCUCAAAAAUCCUGCCCGUUGCAAAUCAGGCCCCCCCCCAUAAAAAUGAGGGCCUGCCACGCAGGCUACGACAAGCAGGACAUGCGCGGGAACGUCUCAGUCUUUAAGAUCACAAGCGUGUAAGAUUAGCACAUUCCAAAAUUCCUACUUUGUCAGGAUUGUAAAUCAGUGGAGCUAUGUAUGUAAAACUGCUCCUUCGAACAGCUACAACACUCUCUCCUCCUUCAAAACAUACCUCCACAAGACCUACCUCCAACUUACUGCGACUGUUUACACUCCUGACUUACCUAGCUCACACUCAUUGAUCACGACUGAAUAAUAUCUUCCAUAUCAGUCGUUCUCUUCUCCUUUCUCUUAAUCUACUGUACUUCUUGCUUUCCCUCCACAUCUUUUUUUCUAUUUUAUUUAAUGUGUUGUUUUGUCUGUACUGUCCUGACUAAUUAAUGGUGAGCACCAUGCAUGGGACCUAGACUAAUUAAUGGUGAGCACCAUGCAUGGGACCUAGACUAAUUAAUGGUGAGCACCAUGCAUGGGACCUAGACUAAUUAAUGGUGAGCACCAUGCAUGGGACCUAGUCUCGUUUGUGCUUCUCCAUCUUUGGCACGUUUUUACAUGUUGUUAUUCUUGUCUUAGUAUGUGCUAGACUGUAGUUAUGUACAGUAAUGUGUGGCUAUUUGCAUGCGUGCCAAGUAAAUAUGUUAAAUUAGGUUAAAGAUUAGUCUAAUCUCUAAUCUGUGGUAUUGAUAUAUGCAUUAGUUUCAUGCGUGAUAGAAAUGUAAUACUGCACAAUACGCUGUCAAGGUACACUGCAAUUCAAAUGUGUACAAAACAAUUUAGAUUUAUUAAGACCUUGAGAAAUAAGGACUGUUGCUGACAGAGUCGUUAGUGUGUGCAUCUUUCAUUUAUGUGAUGGGAUUGAUUCCUGCAAUAUGCAGUUGUCUGAUUGUACUUUAAUUAUAAUCAGAAUUUAUUUCACCUCAGUCACAUGUGAGAAGAAUGCUUCCAGUUUAACUCUACCAAACACAACAGGUCUUCUCUGCAGAUACUCAGGUUUAAUUUCCUCCUGUUGUAACACUGUACUGGUAAAUGAUUACUUUUAUGGACUUCCAGUGAGAACAGUUUGAAUGAUAGAUCUAUCUGGCAUAAGAAGUUAUUAAGUUAGUUUAGGUUAGGUUUUAUCCUGUAGUACACACGUAAAAACGCACAAGUUGUAACAAACCUGCCGCAGACUUGUAGCAAUGCUGUUCCAACAAAUUGUCAACAGGAUGUGUUCGCAUUGCUUGUUCCCAGCUUGUUGACAAGUUGUCAACUUGCUACAAGAUUGCUGAGCUCAACAGACUUGUUACAAGUUUGUUCCAACAAUUUGUUAUCGUCCUGCAAUUCAACAACUUGUCAACAGUUGUGAGUGACAACCUUGUAGCAACAUGAUAAAAUAACAGCAUUGUUACAACUUGUUGGCAAGCUUGCCACAAGCCUGUUGCGAACACAUCUUGUUGACAAGUUGUGAGAUUUUUACGUGUGUAGGAGCUAUCCAGUUUAAAUGAAGUUAGUUUAGUUUAGGUUUCCUCUUGUAGUAACACUGGAUGAAUAAGAAAUGAUCCUUACUGGAUCUCUAUAGGAAGAACAGUUUAGAACUGAUAGAGCUAUCGAGUUUAAAUAAACUUAGUUCAGUUUAUAGAUCACUCAGCUAAAUAAAAUCCUGAGCUGUAUAUUAACGAGCCAUAAAUCACUUUUUCUCCUGAAGGACAUGGCAGUCAAAGCCAGGUGAGGUUGGUGAUGCUGUCAAAGCAGCGAUCAGAGCAGGGUACAAGCACAUUGACUGUGCUCAUUUCUACGGUAAUGAAGCUGAGGUCGGACAAGCUCUUACCGAGAUCUUGAAUGAACUUGGAAUGAACCGAGAGGACGUCUUUAUUACGUCAAAACUAUGGUAUGGAAUAUCUUUUUAAUUGCUAUCAUAAAUACAUUUUGAAGCCAUACAGUACACACAAGUACACACAAUUGGGAAUGGAUUUUGUUUAUGAAAUCAAUAAUAUUUAUUCCUAGUACCAAUAAUAUAUCAGUCUCCCUUCUACAUGAUCCCAAUUUGGAGAAAUCUCCUGCAUACUGUAUACUUGCAAAGUACAUAGUUUUAUCUCCAACAACAAAGCCUUGGGAGUCUUUCUAAUGUCUGUCUAUAAAUUAAAUCCAGCCUCUUCCCUAACCUGGGAAUGAGGUCGCAUUCAGAAAGGAUGAAUAGGAUGAUCAGACAUUACAUUACAUUACAUUAUUAUUCAUCUCACUCCGCAUUGGGGCUUUUCAGUGACCGAUUAUAUCGAGUAUGAAUAGGAGACAUUUCUCAGGUUUGAAUGUCGUGGGCUAAUUGAAUUUCCCAAUUUCAUUAAAUUGCUGGAAUUUGUUGCUUCUAGCUAACACCCUGUGAUAUAAUGUUUUUGACCGAUUGUUGAGAUAAUUUAAGAAUUAUUUCCAUGUAUUAAAGGUGUAACAGCCAUGCAAGAGAGGAUGUCAUCGCUGCCUGCCAAACAACUGUGAAAAAUUUGCAAGUUGAAUACUUGGAUUUAUAUUUGGUAAUUAAUUUGACUUUGAAUUUUAUAGUGGAUAGCUCUAACAGUUCUAACCUGUUGAUGAUCAUUCAGUAGUGUUUAUCCUAUAUAGAUCCAGUGCUACAACAAGAUCAGAUCUAAACUAAGCUGCCUUUACAGUAUUUAUACUGAUAACUCUAUCAGUCUAAACAUGUUCUCCCUAGAGUUCCAGUAAGAAUCAUCUCUUAUUGAAUUCAUCCAGUGUUACUACAGGAAGAAACCUAUACUAAACUAACUUUAUUUAAACUGGAACACUGAAUUGCCCUAUCAAUUCUCAACUAAUCUCUCUAUAGUAAGUUAAAAUGCGUAUUUACUGAAAUGAGCAAACGGGUAAGGCUUCGUCCACACUAAACCAUUCUCUACCGUCCUGUUGCUACUAGAUAGCUCUAUCAGUUCUAAACUGUUCUAUCUAGAUGUCCGGUAAGGAUCAUCCUUUAUUGAUCCAGUGUUAGUACAGAAGGAAACCUAAAAUAAACUAAUUGAAAGCUGGUCUCCCUAGAGGUAAAUAUAUCGCCAUACAAGCGUACAAAGAAUUUUUGUAAAGUAAUUAUGUAUUUCUUUCUUUCUUAUAGAUACAUUGUCCGUAUUCAUUCGCAAAGGGCAUGGUUUUCCCAAGGAAACCAGAACAUCGUAAAGAUAUACUUGGAUAUGAUAAAAGACGAAUGAGUGAGACCUGGAAGGUAAAGAAAAACCCCGCACAUAAGAACCUAGAAUUUAAGAACCUGUUAGGCUAAAAUAUUUUAUUUAGACCCCCUUUAAAUAAGAACCUAUUCAGGCCAGAAUUUCAACACAGAUUUCUUAUAUUAUCAAAUAGAGUCAAAAUUAAGUUAUAAGUUACAAUCAGUGUAGCUUUAAAGUGCAUGUAGGGUUGGUAUAGUGCACACACUGUCAUUUUUUAGAUCAUUUGUGCAUAAUUUACAUAAAUCAUAUACCAUACCUUCCUAAAAUGAGUCCUUUCUCUUAAGAAAAUAAGAACCUAUUUAAGAACUUGUUUAGUAUAAUUUCCUGGUAAGCACCAUUUAGAUAAGAAUUAACCUGUUUAGGCUAACUUGGAAAAGCUAGGUUCUUAUAUGCGAGGUUUUAUUGUGCUCAAUUGAAAAUUAGGACGUUCCAGCGUUGGCUGCUACGAUGAAUAAUAUACACAACUUUGUCUUUGUGGAAAAUUUCUCGAAAGUCACUCAAUCUAAACGUAGCAGGAGAAAGGCUGUCGCCGUUUCUUGCAAGCCUCAGCCAAACGAGGAAGAGGGUUGAUAAGUAUAGGUUAUUUUGAGGCAACGAGGGGAUAUGUGAUUUAUUCACCGAGGCGCGCAGCGCUGAGGUGAACAAACACAUAUCCCCGAGGUGCCUCAAAAUAACGUACUUAUUUUUCACAUUGCGAGGUCGCGUUAAUGAGUCAGAAUAGAAAUAAUUCUUAAUGCCAUAUUGCCUUCGUGAUGUUGUUUUUUUCUCAUUUUUUGUGCUGCAAAGACAUUGCAAGUGAAUAUUAGAGGGGAUUAUUAGAGGGAAAUUGAUUAGAGGGGAUUAUUGAAUAUAAUCCCCGAUAAGAACAAAGGAAACCGAGCAAGGUGAAAAAUAAGAGUUGCAAAUCUUGUUCGCCUUUGACCGCCAACUCUCAUCGACUAUCAUCAACUUUAAACUGGUUCAAAUUUUGAUGAGAGUUUUUGUUGAAGGCUCACUAUACCCCUCCGCAAAAUUCAUUCAAGUCAAAAUAUUUGGUCUUUUUGCAAGUCACGAAAAAUCGGAAAAACGUUUUGAUAUUCACGAAAAGAACACGAUUCACCCCAAAAUAUUCAUAGAUUAAUAUUACUGCCAUGAAUCAAAUUAUGCAUGAGUAUGCUUUUGAUACAGCAAGAUUUUUAAGUUGUUUUUCAGGGAAUGGAAGAAUUGGUUCAUAAAGGACUUUGUAAGGCAAUUGGAGUUUCCAAUUUUUCAUCAACCAAAGUGGCCGCACUUUUGGAAACAGCCGAAAUUGUUCCUGCCACUGACCAAGGUGAUGACUUGCUCCUAUCUACUAUCGAGGUGUUGAUGCUGCAGUUGUUAGUGCAUCUUAUGCAAUAUGUACACGCGUAAAAUUCUCACAUCUUGUAGCAAGUCUGUCAACAAGCCGUCAACGAGUUGUGUUCGCACUGCUUGUCCCAAGUUGUCAACAAGUUUGGAACAAGCUGUUAACAUCUUGUGACAACCUUGUUGAUAUUAUCAGACUUGUUGCAAGGUUGUUCUAACAACUCCAAUACAGUCAUGAUAUAACAAUAUUGUUACAAACUUGCGUCCUCAACCUUUUGACAUUCUUGUUAUAUCGUGACUGUAUCAGACUUGUUAGAACAACCUUGUAACAAGUCUGAUAAUCCCAUCAACCUUGUAACAAGUUGGAAACAGCUUGUUCCAAACUUGUUACAACAACUAGGAACAAGGAGCAGUGCGAACACCAACAGUUUGUGAACAGAUCUGUAACAACUUGUGCGUUUUUACGUGUGUAUAGUUGUCUAUAGCUAUUAAUAGUUUCACUCCAGUCACGGUGAGGAGAGUGAUACCGUGGCAUCAGAGCACGAGACAAAAUAGCCUGGGUACGAGGUUGGAGUGAUACAAGUUUAACUCUACCAAACACGGCCGUUUUCUCUGGGUACUCGGUUUCUCUUGGUACUCGGUUUCGUCCUGUAGCACUGGAUCAACACGAGAUGAUCCUCACUGGACCUCUAGAGAGAACAGUUUAGAAUUGAUAGAAUUAUCCAGUAUACAUUUAAGUUAGUUUAGUUUGGAUUUCCUCCUCUGGUAACACUGGAUCAAUAAGAGAUGAUUCUCACUGCACCUCUAGAGAGAACAGUUUAGAAUUGAUAGAAUUGUUCAGUAUAAAUAAAGUCAGUUUAGUUUUGGUUUCCUCCUGUACUGGGCCUCAAGGAGAACAGUUUAGAACAGAUUUACUGUUAGUCAGAGCUAUCCAGUAUAAAUGAAGUUAGUUUAGUUUAGGUUCCCUACUGUAGUAACACUGGAUAAAUAACAGAUGAUUGUUACUGGACAUCUAGAGAGAACAAUUUAGAACUGAUAGAGCUGUCCAGUAUCAAUAAAGUUAGUUUAGUUUAGGCCAUUGGAUCAAUAGGGGAAUAACAUUGAGGCAGUUCAGAUACAAAUCACGGCACUGUUACCUACAAUGGACCCCAUACGUUUGAGGUUCAGUAAACAAACCUGUGUUGGGCUAGUUCAGUUUAGAUUUUUUUGUGUAGCAGCAAGGCGGUAGAGAACGGACAAGUGUGGACGAAGCCUUACUUGAUUGCUCAUGUGAAUUUCAGUAAAUACGCAUUUUAACUUCUUUGUGUAUUUUUUCAGUUGAACUUCACCCAUUCUUGCCUCAGCCUGGACUAAAGAAAUUUUGCGAGGAAAAUGGUUUGUUUAUGCAUGUGUUUUUUUAUGCAUUUGUUUAUGCAAGUGUUUGAUAAUCAAUCUUGAGUGUUUACAUAAUAUUGGGUGUUUGAUAAUCAACCCUUGAUUGUGUAGAUAAUCUUAAGUGUUUGAUAAUCAAUCUUGAGUGUUUACAUAAUAUUGGGUGUUUGAUAAUCAACCCUUGAUUGUGUAGAUAAUCUUAAGUGUUUGAUAAUCAAUCUUGAGUGUUUACAUAAAAUCUUAAGGUGGCUCGAUACAGUUUUCAAAAAUUCAGGUGUUCAACACUUUGACAUGUUGAAACUACGCAUUUUUAGGAUUUAUUCAGCAGAUAUUGGGGUUUUUAUAUAUUUUGAUUUCUCUACUUUCAAAUUAUAUUAGUUUUAGUAACAGAUAGUUCGUUGCUAUGACGACAUACGAGUACGAAAUUCACUCCAAAAUGGCCUAUCGUCUCGUAUAGUUGGAAAAAAAGCAUGGUGACCCCCAAUUUUUUUUCGUGCAUUAUUUUACUUGGACGAAAAGCUAACAAUUACCAAAAUAUAAAAAAAUUCUGUAAUGCCAUUUUUUUGGAAAAUGCGAAAAUGUCAUAUUCUUCGGUAAAAUUUUUUUGGCAUUACAGAAUUUUUUUAUUUUUUGUAUAAUGAAAGUUUUUAGCGGUGCAAUACAGCAUGCGAAAUUUGAACAUAGGUCACCAGACAAAAUAAAGAGAUAUAGCGCAUUGUUUUUCUAAAAUGGAAAAUUCUAAUGACGUCAGCAAUUGACAUAAAACGCUAUAUAACACGGACAAUGGCGUGAUAUGGCGCCAGCAACUGCUCACGUCAGGUCAUUGUGGAAGUAUUUUUCAUUUUGUUAAUCAAUUUCCGCGACCUGCGCGUAAAAACGGUUACCCGGUUUUGAGUUCGCGAUUCUUGAGCAGGGUUUUUGUGAUAACUAUAUCGAGCCACCUUAAGUGUUUCAUAUAACUACACUGCAGAAAACGCCCAGCCUGCAACAAUGUUGAUGAAAACAAGCUUGAACAAUAUUUUGCUGCCCAUAUUGUUCCUGGUUGUUAACAAUAUUGUUCAGCAUUGUUCAGCCUGAACACAAUAUUGUUAACAACUAGAAACAAUAUGGGCAGCAAAAUAUUGUUCAGGCCUGUUUUCAACAACGUUGCAGGCUGGGCGUUUUUUGCAGUGUAGUGGUAUACGUGGUAUUCCAAAUGACGCGUUCUGCGUCGAGAUAAAUUUCAGUUGAACAAUAUCAAAGUAUUCAACUGUGUAAUCAUCAUUUGAAUAUGCAAAAGUUGCUCAAAGAACAAUUAGUGUCCACACAGUUGACUCGCUUUAAAUUACAAAAUAUAUAAAAUUUAUUUAAUGCUCCAUGCUACAUGUUCUGAUUCAACUGAAAUUUAUUCCGGCGCAAUUCCGACGCAGAACGCGUCAUUUGGAUGCGCAGUCCAGAUUCUGAAUGUUCCAUUUGCUUACUGUAACAAGCAAAAGAAAUUUGAGCGAACAUCUACACACGUAAAAAUCUCACAACUUGUCAACAAGAUGUGUUCGCAACAGGCUUGCAACAAACUUGUCAACAAGUUCUAACAAUGUUGUUAUUUUAUCAAGUUGCUACAGGAUUGUCACUCACAACUUGUUGACAAGUUGUUGAAUUGCAGGACGAUAACAAGUUGUUGGAACAACUUGUAACAAGUCCGUUGAGCUCAACAACCUUGUAGCAAGUUGUCAACAAGCCGUUGACAACUUGUCAACAAGCUGGGAACAAGCAGUGUGAACACAUCCUGUUGACAAGUUGUUGAAACAGCAUUGCUACAAAUCUGCUGCAGGUUUGUUACAACUUGUGCGUUUUUACGUGUGUACAAGUUGACGCUGUUUAUUUUUGCAGGAAUUAUCAUAACCGCGUUUUCUUCUCUGGGUUCCGCUGGCCGGCCUAGAUAUGGCGAAGCUGAUCCUGUUCUUAUGGAUGAACCGCUGAUCAAAGAAAUUGCUGCGAAACGUAAUUGUAGCCCUGCACAGGUUUGUUUACUAAAUAUCAAACGUAUUGGGUCCAGUGUAGGUAGUAGUGCCGCGUGGUAUGUAUCUGAACUACCUCAAUGUUAUUCCCCUAUUGAUAUGAUCCAGUGACCAGUGUUACUACAGGAAGAAACCUAAACUAAACUAACUUUAUUUAUACAUGGGUCGUUCUAUCAGUUUUAAACUGUUCUCCCUAGACACAGAAUAGGAAGUUAUACCAGAAGCGUAACUCUAGUCGUUUCCCUUAUUGUUUGACGUCCACGAAUAUUUUUAACUCGCUCACGUCAGGCCACGCCAUCCUGGCUAGUACAGCCGGAAGUUUUUAUCAGGAUUUGGUAGGUACAAAGUGCCGGUUGUACUAGCCAGGAUGGCGUGAUUGAUGACGAAUCGCUUGUAAAAACGCGGACAAAUAUUUGCUCGAGUUACGCUUCUGGUAUAACUUCCUAUUCUGUGCCCUAGAGGUCCAGUAAUUAUCAUUGAUCCAGUGUUAAGCCGGUUUUCCGUUAGGCGGAAUUUUGCGCGCGGAGCAGAAAUUUUUUUGUCUUGUGAUUUCUCAGGUGGAACUAUAAUUAGAAAAGACAAAGAGAAAUUCUGCUCCGCGAACAAAAUUCUGCCUAAUGGAAAGCGGCUUUACUGCAGGAGAAAACCUAAACUAACAACUUUAGUUAUACUGUAUAGCUCUAUCAGUUCUAAGCUGUUCUCGGGACAUUUUCAUAACUCGCGUUUAUCAUUUUUUAGGUGUUACUAGCCUGGGGGGUGAACUAUGGCUGUCCUGUUCUACCAAAGUCGGUCAACGAAGGCCGUAUUAAACAAAACCUAGAAACAUACAACGUGAAACUGGAGAAAAAAGACAUGACUGCUUUGGCGAAUAUUGGCAAGAAAUUUAGAUAUUUACCGAUGGAGGUGUUCUACCUUGAUGGAGACACCCAGGAAAGCUUCUGGGACGGGGAGCAGUGA